UUGUACCAUGCAAUUCACGUAACUAAAAGCAGAAUUAGUUGUUGUUUUCGGUGCUACUUAAUUCAUCUUCGAUGUGCCUAAUUCUAAGUAUUUGCAUCACGUGAUAUGAUAAAAAUAAGGAUGCUUGGAUUUGUUUUGAUUAUUUUAUUAAUUGCAAUUACAGAUUGCAGCUCACCAUGGCAGGAAUGGUGGAUGUAUGAAGGCGUGUCAGGUCCUCAUAACUGGGGAAAAAUUAACACAAAGUGGAUAUUAUGCAGUAAAGGAAAGAACCAAUCACCAAUAAAUAUCGAACCAAAGGAUUUACUUUUUGAUCCAGGCUUAAAGUACAUCAAGUUAACUGGAAAACAGAUAAACGGCACACUUGUAAAUAAAGGAACAGAUUUAACUUUUGAACUGCAUUCAACAAGCAAAGUUUUGAUAUCUUUAGGUCCUUUAUCGUACGUUUAUAGAUUACAUCAAGUCAAGUUCCAUUUUGGAGGAAAUGAUAAUUUUGGUUCUGAACAUUCUGUAGAUGGUAAACAUUUUGCUGCCGAGAUACAGCUGAUGUUUUAUAAUUCUGAUUUGUAUACAAAUUUUACACAAGCUGUUAAUUUGUCAAGAGGUGUUGUGAUAUUAGCAAUUUUUGUAAAAGUGAAAGACAACGAAAACCACAACGAGCUAUCCAAAUUAACAAACUUAAUUGAAGAUGUGCGAUAUAAAGGUGAACAAACAGAUGUCAAUAAUAUAAAUAUACUGAAGCUUAUUCCGGAUAGUAGACAUUAUAUGACAUAUGAUGGUUCCAUAACACAACCCGGUUGCCAGGAAACAGUCACGUGGAUAAUUAUGAAUCGACCUAUCACUGUAUCAAAAGAUCAGAUUUAUUCCCUGAGGACUUUACGUCAGGAUUUGCCGGAAAACCCUCAAGCAUUGAUGUUCAACAACUACAGACCAACACAAACAUUAAACCAAAGAACUGUUAGAACUAAUAUUAAUUUUGUUGUUAAGGGGUGUUCUAUGCAGCGGGAUAUGCAAUAUAAAGUUAACGAACAGAUAAUGAACAGAAAUAGAUAACCUGGUUCUGAUGAGGGGGUUUUGUAUAUUUCAAGGGACAGUAAACAGACUGCUGAAAGAACGCCCGAUCUGGCAAUAAAGAGUGUGUAGAACCUGCUAAAAUCGCAGAGAAAAAGUAAGUUGUGGUUAUGGACUACAGUUACAACGUGUAAUGCUAUGCUUGAUUGUACUUCCAGAAACUUGAACCACAGCGUUCUUAGUUCGAGUAACAUAGCGUUUUAGCUGUAUUGAUUUUGUCAUCAUGUUUUAAAAAACAUUAUGUGUUACAUUUAUGAUCGCUUUUACAUAAAAUGAUUUAUGUUGAG